ACAUUUGUCUUAAAUAAUACUCUUGCAUCUAUUCAUCUUAGUCUUAAUGCCGUAAAAUUAACACGCUUUGCAUCACAGGGUUCCAUAGUCACUGACAACUUCAAUGCCACAUACUGUGCGUACGAUUCAGAUGUUGCCACUGGUUAUGGAGUCGGCGCUUUCUUGUUUCUUCUCACGAGCCAGUCUCUUCUGAUGAUCGUGACGACGUGCAUGUGCUUCGGCAAGCCCUUGGCCCCUGGUGGAAGUAGGGCUUGGUCUAUCAUAUAUUUUGCUUCCUCAUGGCUUACAUUCCUAAUAGCCGCGGCAUGCCUUAUAGCUGGGGCGACGAAGAACGCAUACCACACGAAGUAUCGGCACGUGAUCUACGCGCAGAAUUGGACGUGUGAAUCUCUAAGGAAAGGGGUCUUCAUCGCGGGAGCGGUCUUUGUGGUCUUCACAAUGAUUCUUAAUGUGUACUACUACAUGUACUUCACCAAGGCUACGAGCCAGGCUGCGCGAAAGACCACCAAGGCCAACUCGAAUGUUGGAAUGACCGGAUAUCCAUAGCUGCGAGCGAUUGAACCCUAGUUCGUAUUCAUAGAUCUUCGAGAUUUGAGCUGAACCUGUUACAUUUUGAUCUAGGCUUUGAAAAGGCCUGGUGACAUCUAUAGCUUAUGAGUGUGUCUCAAGACACCCAGUGUGUGUGUGUUUGGGGCUCUUGUGUCUCUUUCUCCUGAUUUUGAUGUUCUCUUUGUACUCUUUACUUGUGUGGGAGCACUUUGUACUGUGAUGAAGGUAUGUAGAUUAGAGAGUUAAAACUUUUUUUUAGCGAUGGA